UACCCAGUUUGACAUUGGAACUCUUCAAGCAUAUGGCUUGCAAUUGAUUUCUGAUUUAUAACGUUUUUAGGAGGAAGAGAUUUUGAUCAGAGAUAUUAUUAUGAAGGGUUCUCUAGGGGCAGUUAUAGGAGAUGACUUGAGGCGUUAUCAAAUAGGAGAAUUUUCAGUUGGCAUUAUCGUAUCGCAUUUAACAAAACGUGAAGGUACGAUGGUACAUUUAUUCAAAGUUGUGGACUCCCGUAGAGAAAAUCGAGUUAUGGUUAUUAUAAAAGACGAAGCGGAUAUAUAUGGUCAAUUAAUUUGGAAAGCCUCUUUGAAGCUGCAAAAAAAUGGAGAUAGACUAGCUCUAGAAAAAGAUGGGACUAUAAUAGACGAGGAAGAAAUUUUGUUAUUGCUCGAGAAUGAAAUUUUAAUGCUACUAGAGGAGGGGGAAAAGUGGAGAGCCCCUGUUCCAAUUGAAGGAGCUUUUUGCCAAACAGAACGUUCAGUAAUUCUAGAAACUAGUCCGUCAAAAAACAGCAGUAUCCUACGGCAAAAUCCUGAACAAGAUAACCCAAAUAUACCGAGAGCUGUUGGAUUUUCAAAUUCGCAAGUGAAUCUUGAAGUUUGGAAAAACUUUAACAUUCCUUGGAGCCAAAUGUCAACAUUUGUAGAAGCGAGGCUGAAAAAAAAAGUUAUUGAUAAACGGUUUAUUCAAUUUAUAAUUGAUGAAAUGAGGACAAUCACUCCCAAGAUUUCAAUCAAGGCAUGUAGAAUAAUAGCAGCUAAAGUAAUACAAAAGUACCCUGAUGUAUUCAAAGCUAAGGAUAAAAAUGGCCAUCAACUUGCUUCCAAAUUAUUAGACCGAAACAAUUACCUAAAUAGACCUCAUAAGACGGCUUUAUUACAUUCACCAGCUCAGAUAGACAAAAAGGACCGCGAUAGCAAACUCGACAGCUAGUGAAUUAAUUCUAGAUCUGUACUGGUAAUGGCCAACCGAGCUGUUCCUUCAAAUUCCA